AUGUCUACUACCUCCCCCGACCUUCCUGAGUCGAACUCUCUUGGAUUCAAAAGAUUUUUUUCCCCCGUCCUCCCUGGGCCUUUCUGCCAUGAAAAGACUAGGCUUUCCUCUUAUUCGGAUGUGGCGGCAAAAAUGAUCAUCAACAGCUAUGCGAAUGCAACGAAAAUCGCUGGAACCACCGCCCCAGGUGCCUGGCCCUUGAAGCCUUUGGAUUGCGGUUAA